UAAUGUGCGCUGUUGGAGCCACUGUUGUUAUUGGUAAAGUUGAUGGAUCAACACAGUCCUAUGGUUUGGAAGAUUUUCUAAAUGUUGACAUGCGGAACAAGGUGCUCCUCAGAAUCGAUAUUCCGUUUACUGCCAGUGAUGAAUUUGUAAGCACCUUUAAAAUCAUGCCACGACACCAGAAUGCGCAUGCGUACGUCAAUGCUGGAUUCAAGGCUACGAUGGACUCAACCUAUGCGAUAAAAGGAAUUCCAAGUUUAAUGUUUGGUGGUGUGAAGCUUUCUCCGUUUCGGGCAAGCGGUACACAGCAGUAUCUUUCAGGAAAGAAUAUUCUCGACUCUGAAACAUUAAAAGGUUGUAUGAAUGCAUUGGGUAAAGAAAUUAUACCAGAGUCAACACCACUCACUGCAAGUGCAGAAUAUCGCAAAAGUUUGGCUCUUUCUUUGUUUUAUAAGUUUUAUCUUAGUCUUCUUGGUGAUAAAGCAAGUUCCAGAGUGAUUUCUGCUGCUGUUCCGUAUGUAAGACCGAUAUCUUCAGGACAACAAAGUUUUGAUACAACUCCAAGUGAAUUUCCUUUGACACAGCCCAUGACGAAAACCACUGCAAAAUUACAGGCUUCAGGCGAGGCUGAAUACAUAGAUGAUAUACCCAGGCUAGAGGGAGAAAUUUAUGGAGCAUUUGUUACAACGACAAAGGGUAACUGUAAGCUAUCAAGCGUGGACGUAUCUGAAGUUUUGAAAAUACCCGGCGUAUUAAAAUAUAUUUCUGCAAAAGAUAUUCCUGGUGAGAAUAAUUUUGUGCCUGAGGGCAAGGAAAAAAUAUUCUGUGAAGACGAUGUUGAAUAUGCCGGCCAGGCAGUUGGAAUGAUCAUUGCAAUUAGCCAAAGCUUGGCCGAUGAAGCUGCUGAGAAGGUGAAGAUAACGUAUUCCGACUGCAAGAAACCAAUCAUAUCAAUCCAAGACGCAAUUGAAGCCUCGUCAUUUUUCUCAGAUCAAAUUGUAAAUCAAACCUUUGGCGAUAUUGAUGGAGCUAUGGCGUCAUCAACGCAUAUUAUCACCGGGGAAAUUUCACUAGGGACACAACAUCACAUUCACAUGGAAACACACACGUGUCUUUGUAUCCCAAGCGAGGAAGAGAUGAAGGUCUACGCUGCGACACAAUCUACUAAGACCACUCAGAUGUCAAUAGCUCAGGUUUUGAACAUACCAGUGAACAGUGUCAGUGUUUCAUGCAAGCGAUGUGGUGGAGGUUAUGGCGGGAAAAUAUUUCGUGCUGCAGUCAACUCAAGCGCUUGUGCUCUGGCGGCUUACGUCAUGAACAGACCUGUGCGUUUGAGAAUGAACCUCAAAACCAACAUGGAAAUGGUUGGGAAGAGAUUUUCUUACCUCGCAAAGUACAAGAUUGGUGUUUCGGAAGAAAGCUUAUUGAAAGGCAUUGAUAUCACAUGUUACGCGGCUUGUGGAAAUGCGACAACUGAAUGUAUACUAAUGUUCUUCCCUCUGAUUCUGGAUAAUGCGUAUUAUUGUGAAAAUUGGAAAUUUCAAGGCGUACCUUGCAAGACAAACACAGCAGCCAAUUCCUAUACACGUUCACCAGGGACAUUACCAGCGGCUUUCAUUACUGAAACAAUGAUGAAUCACUUGGCCAAAGCAUUAAACAAGAGCCAAGAAGAGAUAAGAGAAAUCAACUUCUACCAGAAAGGACAGACAACCUACUAUCAACAACAUCUGCCUUUUUGCAACAUGUCUGAAAUAUGGCAAGAUUUGAAGAAAUCAAGUGAAUUUGACAAGCGUAGAACUGCUAUUGAAUCAUUUAACAAGGAAAAUCGUUGGCGUAAGCGAGGAAUGAGCAUAGUGCCACUGAGAUGGGGCGUUGGGUAUCACCCAGGCGUUCGGUUUACCGCUUAUGUCGCAAUAUUUCGUAAAGAUGGCACUAUAGCCAUAUCACAUGGAGGGGUUGAAAUAGGACAAGGGAUAGACACAAAGGUUUGUCAAGUCGCUGCUUACACACUCGGCUUUGGUCUGACUGUUGAUAAGAUCGCAAUUAAACCAGCAACAAGUUUUCUAAAUCCAAAUGGUGCAGGAACUGGGGGAAGUAUAACAAGUGAAUUAUGCUGUGAGGCGGUCAUACAUUGCUGCAAUAUGCUGAAGGAAAGAAUAUCACCCGUAGCAAAAGAUAUGCCACAAGCCACAUGGCCUGAGAUUAUUGACAAGUGUUAUGAAGAGGGUGUUGAUUUGUCUGCAAAAUACAUGUUGUUACCAAAGCCUCCUCAGCCGUUUUUUAAUUAUAACAUUUUCGCUGCGACUUGUACGGAGGCCGAGAUUGAUGUGCUCACUGGAGAGACAGAAAUACUCAGAACGGAUAUUUUGUUUGACUGUGGAAAAAGCAUGAAUCCUGAAAUUGACAUUGGACAAGUGGAAGGAGCAUUCAUCAUGGGUCUUGGUUAUUGGUUGACUGAGAAAGCAAUAUAUGAUCCUCUGUCUGGUCUGGAACUUACUAAUGGAACAUGGGAUUACCACCCCCCGUUUUCAAAAGAUAUUCCAAUAGAUUUCCGGGUGAACUUUAUUAAAGAUGCCCCAAACCCGCUUGGUGUUCUUGGCUCAAAAACUACUGGUGAACCACCUCAGUGUAUGUCAUCUUCCUGUUUGUUCGCUGUCCAAGAUGCGAUAUAUCACGCUCGUGAGGAGACUGGGCAAGACAAAGAUUACUUUCCGCUUGAUGGUCCAGCUACAGUUGAGGUCACACAGUUGAAGUGUUUAGUUGAUCCAACACAAUUUAUUAUUUAACGAAUGCGAAAAAAAUUUGAAGAGUGAGAAACAUAACCUCAAUAUUAGUUUUCAGGCGAAGAUAAAAUUCUUAUGCCGACCAUUAUUUAGCCAUUGAAAAAGGGGAUUAGUCGUUUCUAUUAGAUAUAACUGAUCAAUAAAAUUUUUUAUUCAUAGCACGGAUGAGUCGAGGUUCUUCUAAGUGGGGCCUAGCCAGAAAAACGUUAAUACGAAUACCCGAUCUUUCUCGCGCACAAAUAUGUGACAAUUUCCAUGAAAAUAAAUAAUAGAUACCAAGAAAUCAGUUAAAAAUCAAUAAUAAAAAUCGAUUGCUUAGAACAUUAUCGGGAUUGAGGACUCGUUAGGACCGCAGAAGAACAUGACAACAUUAUGAGCGUGACGUUUUCACCAACUGCUAAAUACCAAUUCAGCGGUCCAGUCAAAUCGGCCUGAUGCAUAUAAUUGUCCCCCGCCCCCACGUUUUAAUAAUUACCACAUCGAAACCAGGAGGGGAAAGUUUAAUUAGAUUCAAGCAGACUUGUUUAAAAAAUUUGCACAUAUUGUCACACAAGGCCCUUGAUGGCUGACUCUCAUAUGUGGCAAUCGUUUAUUGGCCACUGAUGUUUAUUGCUGGCGAUGUGCUUUUUUGUCACCAAUCACUGACGAGGAUUCAAGGCGGGACAUUAGGCACAAACAUGUUACGCGUCAAACUGGCCGAUUUCGAUGUUAAGGGCGGCCUCCACCUACUGUUAUACGUACAAAAAAAUUAACUACGACGGCCGGUUUCGUAUCACUGAGCAUGCGCCAAGUCGGCCGCACUGAUUGUACCAGUGGACUGUAUGUACAAAGUGUGUUUCGCCUGCGAGCAAUAUGUUUCGCCUGCGAGCAAUAUGCGCCUGUUCGCAGGCUGGAAUGUGUGCAGACAGUGCGAUAAACACGUCAUAUUGAUGCAUUAGCAAACUCAUAAAGUGAUCGCAGAAGGUUAUGAAUUUGUUAUGAAUUUGUUUCUACGAAGUUCGCUGACUCCGGUCUAAUGAGCUUUUGGGAAACGAUUAUCAAAGUUUGUGUAUUUUUUCGCGGGAAACGAAGAAUUUGUGAUUACAAUAUUAUGCAAUACAAAGCAAGUUGACAAAAAAAAUUAAUUGAAUUUAUUGAAUAUGCUGUAACUUUCCUGAUAGGCGAUAAUCUUUCCUCAAUCCCACAACAACAAUCCUCCAUCGUUGUGCGUGUUUUGAAAGCUCGCACUUUUGCCGCACUUGAGUGGGUGUUUUUGAGAACCUGAUUGUGAAGGUUUACCUUAAAUCUUUCCUUGAUUUAGAGGAGUUGUUUUUCUCGAUCAACAAUAAUACAAUUUCUGGGUCACAUGAGCGUGAGUGAGUGCAUUCCUUGAGUACAGGCGCAUAGUGAAAUAUUUAAGUUGAGUUCGCAACCGCUACCUGUAAUUUCUACCUUGCCGUGUUCAAAACAGAACAUUGUUUCUGACAGGUUGUGCGGUUUAGUGAAAGGGUCAAAGAUAGCGAGCUCUUGUAACAUUCGCCGAUCGUUUGCACAAAGUGGCAACACAUUGGCAUUGCAAGCCCAGCGAAACUUUGUUUGCACUAAGUAGGAUAAAUAAAUAAAGUGAUGUAUGUAUGUAUUAUACGAAUGUAUGUAUGAAUGGCAAAACCAUUUGUUUGCAGAUAGUGGGGGCACUAUAUUGCAAAGCUGAGUUGCCUAACUAGCGUUUAUUUUCGUGUUGUGCCUCACGUCUCACGACCCGACGAGAUUACGUGUUGUCUAAUAUGCUUAGCUUAUCUGGGGAUAUAUCUUUCAAUUAUAAACGUCACCGUUCACCCCGGGUUAUAUUCGUUCGUAAUUGAUAUACACUGGUAA